GCGGCACUAUUUUCGCCAUUUUUACUAAUGUCGAAUUAUCCUAAUAUAUCAUAUUAAAGCAAAAUAUUCCUUUACGAAAUGGCAUACGGCCUAGUGGUAAAAGGCGGAACUAUAAUUUGAAUUGGAAUCUUCCAGAUUCUGUUAUCGCAUCAACUCAUCUAUUCUAGCAGAAUUGUUGCGAAGUGGGGCUCCGAAUGGGAAACAUCAACGUUACAACUGUGACGUUACAGUAGUAAAGAAUAUAAUUUAGUACGGAGCUAUAAGCCACGGAGGAAGUGUGAAUUUCUGUAUCAUCGCUUCUGAAAGUGUUGAUUAAUUAAUACUUAAUACUAAUUUAUAAAACAUAGAAAGGUAGAUUUUUCUGUAAUUUGUUUAUAAAUUGGAUAAUAUGAUGUCCAAUAACUAUGAGCCUCGUGUCGAAUUUGAUGUGAAUGUGGCUAAAAGAUAUUUAAAAUUCCGCUAUGAGGAGCAGGGCCGCAAAGGUACCCCCAUUUACGGAGAAACUAAUGGUUCAAGGCAAACAUUUCCUGCAAUAAAAAUUCAUUGUCCUUUUGACACAACCGCAACAGUCCUAGUUUCUUGCUUCACUGACGACGUCAACGGAAAAUACAUGCCUCAUCCAAAUAAAAUUGUGCGGCAUCCCAAAUGUGAGAAUGGAGUCUCUGUAGUUGAUGUGACAGUAAAAUCCGGUCAGACAACGCAUAUAUUCAAGGAUAUUGCUUUACAGCUAAUUAAGAAAAAUAGUGAUACAGUCAUCAAACAGUUAGACAAAAGAGUCAUGUUUAUGAGGAGAGCCGGUGCCAGAGACAAUCCUUUUGGAGGACAGUACGCCUAUCCCUUAAAGUUCGAUAUGUAUCGUGUUAGAAUUUGUUUUCAAGUAUUGCUGAAAAAAGAUGGUCGCAUCAUAGAAUUGGAACCUUUAAUAAGUGAGCCAUUAAUUGAUUAUCAUGCAGUUAGUGAUCUAAAUAUUCUUGAAAUGUGUCCGGAUGAGGGCAGAAUAACAGGGAAUACAAAAAUAAUGCUGCUUAUAAAGAGAGUUAAGAAAACGGACAAGAUUAGUGUUAUAUUUAUGGAUAAGGAUUCCAAAGAGAUCCCCGCAAUAGUAGAAAGCACUCAGCCCUAUGUCUUAUCUAAUGGCUAUGGUGUACUUAUAUGUUACACGCCUAAAAUCUAUCUCGAAGAUUCUGCUGGGUGGAAAGAGUUUGCAGUCAAAGUGAGAUCAAAUAACGUUGAAACUCUUGCUGAGAAUAUGCGAGGUUUUGUGUAUAAAAGAAUUUUAUAUCCUGAUUCAGAUUAUUCGGAGGAAGCAUAUUUAAAAAUGCUUAAGGAAAAAAAGGUUGCCUACAGCUUCAUUGCCGAAUUUGGUGAAACAAUGAGCAUUUCGAGUGACCAAGAAAAUACUCAAAUGGCGGCCCAAGAAGUUUAUAACACACCCAGCACAAGUAACUCCUUCUAUACUCAAAACAUGCAAACUCAUCCUGAUGCAACUCCAUCUGAUUAUCUUUUUCAAAAAAAUUACUAUAUCGAAAACACCAGUAAUAAUUUUCAUGCGAAUAAUGUUUACCUUACAAAUAGCAUGUAUGAAACUCCAAUUGAUGUGUUACCAAACUUUAAUUCCCUAAAUUUACAAGCCAAUAGACAGGACUACUUUCAAGAUAACGGAACAAAUACAGGAAUUCAGCAGGACCAUAAUUCCAGAGUGGAGCAACAAAACACACAAGAUAGACCGUUAAUAAUUGAACCAAGCAAUAACAUGCAAAUUGAUUUGGACAAUUUAGAUUUAAUUGAUUUAUAUCAAGAUAACGGAACAAAUACAGGAAUUCAGCAGGACCAUAAUUCCAGAGUGGAGCAAAAAAACACACAAGAUAGACCGUUAUUUCAACCAAGCAAUAACAUGGAAAUUGAUUUGGAGACUUUAGAUUUAUUAUAGAUGAACGUUUUGGACUAUGGUAGAAUUUCUAAGUUGUCAUGAUUUUAAUAAAAACGUCAAUACGUCAAAACA